AUGUCGGCAGCAACAAUGGUUGUCAAAUCGCGCACUGCGCCAGCCAACGAGGCGAUUUCCUUUCCAGUCUUGACAUACAGCGACGCAAAACCACGGAAUGAUUUACAGGAUCUGGACGAUGGGGCCAAACAACGACAGAACCAGUCGAGCUUGGCACAGUUCAACUUCCCGCAACCUGUUGGUGCAGAAGAGCGAUCAAAUAGAAAACCCCUACCGGUAGACACUGCGACAUUCGACUUUCGGGUGACUGCGCCGCCAGAUGAAGUGGUACCGUCUCGCGCCAUGAUGGAUCGCAGCCCGAUUGGGAUCGGUAUUGCACUGGGAAGCCCGGGGAUGUUGGAGUCAAAGGAAAACCUUCCACCGCCACGGUUCAAUACGAAUAUAUUUGUCGACGAACAGAAACAACAGUCACAACCGCGGAAGACAAGCAAGUGGAAGAAGAUCGGAGGUCUGUUUAGAGCGAAAAGUGCGCUGGCGUCUCCGACACAACCAAGACCGAACAUACCGAAGCAAUCAGCAAAGGAGAAGCCUUCUUCAAGUGGCAAACAGACACCCGAAAAGCAUGGGACUGAAGAGUGGCCACGCAUUGAAACAGAUGCCAAGCCGACGACGACUAGCAGCUCAACUCCACAGCGAACGCGCAAGUUCUCCUUGUCCAACAGGAAGGGCUUGAAAGAGAAAAACGGCGAGAAUAUGCAAGGCCCUAGACUCGACGUGGAUAUCCCCGAUGUACAAAUGGAGCGCUACAGCGUCAUGUUCAGCACCGUCAUGAACAGGAACCAGAGACCUUCCCUGCUGGCCAGGAGGAGCAAGACACUCGACAACCUCCACGUCCCAAGCAAUUCGGUAAGCCAUGCCGCCACCAUUGGAACGAUGACAAUAUUCGAACCUACUAGUAACCAUGAGAUGCAGGAAUUCCUCACGGCUAAGGUGCCCCCGGUCCCGAAACGACGAGCCACUUCCCCAGCUCGCUCCAGCUUUACUCUCUUUCCGACCUCCCAGCCGUCCAAGGCUGCACAAGUACUCGGCACCCAAAACUUUUCUCGUGGCCCCAGUCCACUGCUCAGAUCGAAUACUCUACCGGUGGAGAGCCCAUCGCGAACAUCCCCCUUCGAGCUGCCGCCGGGAAUUCCUAAUAAUAAUAGCGUUUCAUCUUUCGAGUCGCCGUCGUUUCCAAAGCCUUUCUCUGAGCAUUCCAAUACCCCGCGAUCAUCGGGCACUUCUUCUCGAUUCGAAGACAAGCCUCUUCCUGCGAUUAAACCCGAGCCUGAGCCUACCUCCUAUACUCAAAAAGCUUCUUCGCUGCCGAAGCCUUCAAAAAUACGGCAGCAGUCUAUCAAACCGAUGUCCAAGACGUAUCCUCAACCUAGACCACGCUCCUCAUCCCUGAUGAAGGAACACUCUCUGCAGCGGGAGUUCGUUAGGUCAAACAAGCCGAACUUGACGAUUAACACGGGCUCUCCACCACGGCCCCCUGCCAAGGAUAGUUCCAUACAAUCAUCAUCAACCCCCGAUUCUGGACGGCCGAUCCAGAAACUUGUCACAGACCCGCCCGCCAUAACUAUGUCCCCGGUACCACUCUCAUCAGUCAGCGGUACUAUGUCCACGAUAUCCCCACAACUGCCUCAAAAGCCAAGCCCAUCCACCCAGAUUCCCGUCUCAGACGCAAAGAAAACUGAAGCGACGGCCAAGCAAAUCCCGACGAUCGAAGUCUCAACCGCACGCUCGAUCUCCGUGUCAAAAGGAAGAGGCAGAUGCUUGUUCCGAUCGGAGCUCGCUUGGACCACUUCGACUCGAAUGAGCGGUUCGUGGAGAGGAAGACGUUGA